UGGCAUUGCGAGUCUUGUGAGUGAGUGAGUAAUGCUCCGUGAGAUCAUCUGUUGAGAGGCGAAACACAAUAACAGCAAACCGUCACUUCAUUUCUUAGUCCAAGAAAAGAUAAAAUACGAAAUAAGCAGGCAUCCAACCGACAAUUGGUAACUAUAAGGUUGAAGAUUGACUAGAAAUUAUUAGAAUCUCGAGAAGGUUAUUGUUAAAGAAAAAGCAACAUGUUUUCCUCUGGCCCGAACUACGCCAAACUGAAAACAAAUCUAAGGUUGGCUGUGAAUCGCCUCAAAUUACUGGAAAAGAAGAAAACAGAACUGGCCUUAAAAGCGCGGAAAGAAAUUGCGGAUUAUAUUGGGGAUGGAAAAGCAGAGCGAGCUCGAAUCCGGGUGGAGCAUAUUAUUCGUGAGGACUAUUUGGUGGAGGCGUACGAAAUAAUUGAAAUGUUGGCAGAUCUGUUGUUGGCACGAUUUGGGCUGCUCCAACAAAUGAAAGAUCCAGAUGAAGGAUUGAAGGAGGCGAUUUCCAGCUUGAUAUGGAUAGCACCAAGAAUUCAGGCCGAUGUUCCAGAACUGAAAAUCAUUGGCGAUGCCUUGAUUUCAAAAUAUGGAAAAGCUUAUGGGCUAGCGUGCCAUGAUAACAGCGUUGGUACAGUGUCGCCCAAAUUAAUGCAGAAGAUGAGCGUCCAGGCUCCUCCCAAACUUUUGGUUGAAAAAUAUCUGAUUGAGAUUGCAAAGAUUUAUAACGUUGAUUACGAGCCGGAUCCGAUGAUAAUGGAAGAAAGUGACGCAGUGUUAAUGGAUAUGGGAAAUGACGGAGCAAGCGGUGCUAAUAACUUAGGAGGAAAUCAAGCGUCUGGUGGGGGUCCUGGUCCCAGUGGACCUUCAGGAGGGAGUGGUGGCGGCGGCGGUGGCGGUGGAGGAGGAAUGCAUACAAGCCCGCCUGGUUUUAUUGGAUAUCCUUAUAUGCCAGUUCCUGCUGCACCUCAACCCCCUCCUAUGCAUCCUCCAGCUUAUCAGCCAUUUCAAUACCCAAGCAUGCCCAACGGAUCUGGAGAAGAAAAAAAGUAUCCCUUGGGUGGUGGUUCAAAUUCUCCUCCUCCAAAAUUUCCGGGCUUCAACAUCCCUCCUGGUGACGAUUUUAAGGAACUCAACGUGAAUUAUCAGGAUGAUGCAAAGCCGAAACCAGCACCGAGAGGAAAAGCUCCCCCAGGAGGAGGAGGACUUCCAGAUUUGAAUAGCUUGGACCUGCCUGAUCUUCCGGAUCUUCCAACCGUGCCAUCUACUAGUCCAAUGGAUCCUAAUAUUUCGAGUAAUGGCAGACCACAAGGACCUGAUGAGAAUGACAUCAAUUUUGAUGACUUGACAAAAAGAUUUGAAGAGCUGAAGAAACGGAAGUAAUUAUCCGUUAUGAUGAUGAUAAUGAAAAACACUACUGCAUAACUUCUUUUAUAAAUAUACCUCCUGAAUUUACCAACAUUUACUUUACUUGUCUAUUUGCCCGUAAUAAAUCCUUAAUUGUUAUUAAUAAUAUAAGUGCGAGGAGAUAUAAGAAUUGCGUAAAUAUUCACAACAAUUUGUUUUAUAAUCGCUUCGUGCCUUAUGAUACGGUGAUAUGCAAUAAAUAAAUGUUAUCGAGUCCUUGGAUUUAUAAAAUA